AUGGUUCUCAACCAGGAGGAUGCAAGAGCUUCUACAGAAACCUACACUUACAGCAGCCAUCCCCGAGUGGUACCCAACAGAAAGCGGUAUCAAGAACACUACAUAAACAAUGUACAUAUUUUUGAGACAUUGAUAUAUUUCCUUCUUAAUUUUAUGGAUUACAGAGAAGAGCCAAAUAACUAUGGGAACCUCAUGUAUGAUCGUAGAGUGGUUCGAGGAAACACAUAUGCUAUGCAGAUGUUACCCUGGAUUUCAGAACUUACAAUGGCUGAAAUCAAGAAGCGAAAAGAAGCUUACAAGAAAAUGCUUGAACGGAGGCAAGCAAAGAAAGAGGAUGAGGUCCAUGCACCACAAAUUGGGGAUCUUGAAGAUCGCAGUGAUGUGCAGACAGAAUUGUACCUGGAAGAGAUUUUAGAUCGUUUUAUUGAAGUUGAUGUGGAGUGUCAAACAGAUGUUUUUAUAAAAAGGCUACCCAGCCCAGUGUUCAUCCCACAGAAGACUGGGGUUGAUGUAGCAACACAAAUUGAAGAUGGAGAGCUCUUUGACUUUGACGUUGAAGUUAAACCAAUGCUUGAGGUGUUGUUAGGGAAAACCUUGGAGCAAGCUUUGCUUGAAGUCAUGGAAGAAGAGGAUAUUAGCAAACUUCGGGAACACCAAUAUAUCUAUCAGCAAUUGCGCAAUGCAGAGUUGGCUGAAGUGCAACGCCUCGAAGAAGAAGAGCGGCGACAUAGAGAGGAGAAGGAACAUCGGAUGGCAAAGAAAUGCCAAAUACAAGCAGAAGCAGAAAUGGUGUCUAAGAAAGUGGCAGCCAGGGCAUUUUCUUUCCAAUAUCUGGAAGAUUUGAUUCCUUCAGUCUUUUUUAGCCUUCGAAGUAAAGGAUUUUUCUAUGAUGAAGUCCAAAGAGAUAUUGAGAAAGGAUUCCUUCCAUAUGUGAUGGGCCGUGUAGAAUUUCGGCUGCAGAAGAAGCUUCUAGGAAGAAUAAUGACAGAUUGCUUAAUCAAUGAGGUCGUCAAAAAAAGAUUGGACAGUUAUGAGGAAAAUCAAUUACUACAAAAGUCUCCCCUGCAUAAAAUACCUCAAAUCCAGACAUCAAUGGUGUUUUCUGGGAAUGCUGCUAUGCUUAAAAAGCCCUCUGAAUUCAGAAGACCUUUGAUGAGACAAUAA